AUAUAAAUUCAUUAUUCUACCUAUCUCAUAUCGAGUAAAAGUUCGUUCGAGUAGUUGGGAUUACCAUUCAACUGGGAUUCAUGUCGAAAGUUAGAUUCUUCGUUUUUGUUUGUUUCUUCGUACUACACGCCGUAGAAUGUCGAAGUCGCUCAUUGCUGCAAUACGAUGAUUUUGUUUCAGAUGGUGGGAUGAAUUCCUAUCAUGAUAAGAUGUACAUCAAACAGUUGAAGCAGCAAGUUCAAACAACAAAUACAACGUUAACUACGACGACUAAUUCUGCCGAGGAAUUUUGUGAACAUAUGUAUGGGUUCUUACCAUGUUCAAGCAAUCUCUUAGGACAUCUAUUUCAGAUCAUUGUUUAUGAGUACUUGUUAUUUCUUGGUGAGAGAUAUGUCACUGAAGGAAGUGAACUUGUGUUCCAAAUUCUACCUGGUAUUUUUGGUGAUUCGGUUUUCGAAAUCCUUGGGGCAUUCCCUGAAUCCAUGAUGAUUGUGGUGGCAGGACUUUCCAAAAGUAAGGAUGUUGCUGAAGAAAAAGUUCUAACUGGUGUCGGGUUGCUUGCUGGAUCCACAGUCUUUCUUCUGACUUUCGUCUGGGGAACUUGUGUCAUCGUUGGCAGGAACGAAAUUCUUUCUGAUAAUUCACUUUCGAAUUUGAAUCGGAGAAAUAAUCGACUAGAUGCUAGACGACCAUGGAUUUCGAAAGUUCGAUCUUACAUAACUGGUUAUGGUAUUACGACCGAUCGAGAAACAAGUUAUACUUCAAGGAUUAUGAUUCUAUCUAUAAUUCCAUUUGUUCUUAUUCAAAUACCAGAACUAGUCAUCAAGUUAUCUUUUGUUCGAGAUAUCAUCACCGUGGUUACGCUAGGCGUGUCCAUUGCAAUAUUCUUUCUUUACUUCCUCUACCAGGUCUUCCAGCCCUGGAUCCAAGUUAGACGAUUAGAAUACGUGAAGCUCGAGUAUAUAAUGACGAAUUUCUUGAAACAUGCCGAAAAACAAGCUGCCGGAAAACUCUUGGCAGAAGAUGGAAGUCCAAAUUUACUAAUCAUAGAAGGGCUAUUUGACAAAGUUGAUGCGGACGGCAAUGCAAAUAUAUGUCCCUCGGAAAUCCGGGAAUUGAUUAGAGAAUUAAUAGCCGAUGCAAAAGACAUGAACGAAGAUGAUAUCAUUGCUGAGAUAAUUAGAGAGUUUGACGAAAAUAAUGAUCAAUUGAUUUCCAGAGCUGAGUUUGUUAACGGUUUUGCAAAAUGGGUUGUUAGGGCUAAGGACUUAAACCAGGAAAAAAAGCAGCUGGAAGAAGCAAAGAGCAACUUACUAAUGCAAGGAAUUUUAAGACACUUUAAAAAUGACGAAAAUUUUGAAGGAGAUACACCAAAUGUAUCAUUUAUCACCAGAAUGUUCGAAAGAUUUGAUAUAGAUGGGGAUAAUAUUAUUUCGCACGAAGAAUUACGAGCAACAAUACAAGGUAUAGAUUUUGGAAACCUAGAGAUGGAUAUGGAUGAUGCCGUCCAAGAGUUGAUGAGUGAGUUAGAUAUCGAUGGUGAUCAAAAGAUAGAUAGAGAUGAUUUCUUUAGUGGUUUCGCCAAGUUUAUCAAAGAUGCACAUGUUAAAGCACCAAAGAAAAAGGUUAAGGAAGUGGAAGAAGGAGCUAUCGAAAACAAAGCAAAAGCAGCUUGCAAAGCUGCACUACUAUUAGUUUUAGGAAUUUCACUUCUAUCUUUACUUGCUGAACCUCUUGUAGAAGUUGUUCAGAAUUUCUCCAAUUCCGCGAAUAUACCAUCUUUCUUUGUCUCGUUUGUCUUGUUACCUGUGGCUACUAAUACUAGAAGGGCAGUUACAGCCAUUGCUUCUGCAAGUCGAAAGAAUCCUCGAACUACUUCAUUGACUAUUUCUGAGAUUUAUGCAUCGGUCUUCAUGAACAAUGUGUUGGGAUUAAUUGCACUUCUAUCUAUUGUAUACGCAAGAGACUUGGAAUGGAAUUUCUCAUCUGAAGUUUUGAUAAUCCUUGUUAUUUGCUUAGUAAUGGGGCUUAUUUCAAGUUUCCGCACCAGAUUCCCAAUUUGGUUAUCUUUGAUAGCAUACCUUUUGUACCCAUUGUCUCUGCUCAUGGUUUACAUUCUUAACUCUGUCUUGGAAUGGCAUUAAAGAGUUCAACAUUUCUUGGCUCUCAAUAUAGAGGAGAGCCAAAAAUAUUGCGUAAAGUUAAUGUAACUAGCCAACUGUGAAGUAAUAUUGUAACUCUCAUUUCUUCCGAUA